CCUUUGACAACUUCCUGACACACGAGCGCAGCGCUGGUUUUCAGACUUUGAGCACACCUACACAUUCAUACAGGCGAGAAAACUCCUGAUACAAACACUUUCAGUUUAAGAGGCACAGCUGCACACAGAGCACCGUGAGGAUGGAGUUUGCCUGCAGUCAUGUUGUGUGUAAUUGGAGGCCUGAUGGAGCACCAUCUACAGGUCUUUCUCUUGAAAACACGUACGGCAACAUAGUGAAACAUCAAGAAGGUGAACUUCCUCCUCCCCUUCCUCCUCGCAGUUCCAGAAAACCUCGGCCUACGUCUCUGCCCCCCCUCCAUCUCCUCACCCUCCUGCCUCCACCUGGUCCUCUCUCCCUCCCUCCUCCUGUCCCACCCAGACUGGACAAGCAGGAAGGACCGAGCAGGCUGACAGCAAACAUCAACGUGGUCUCCCUCAGUGUUGGGAAACUGGUCGACAUCAGUCAAGCGUCAUGCCUGGAGAGUUUUCAGAGCCCGGUGAUUUGUGGGAAGUGUAGUGCAGCUUUGUCUUGUCUGAGUUUUAUUCAGAGGAGUGUGUGGGUGUGUGAGUUCUGUGGACAUAAAAACAGCGUGAACGACAGCGUGGAGAGAGUGUGUGUGGGUCAGCUUGCAGGUGUUCACAGUGAUGACAUUUACCUGCCCAAUCAGAGCGAUGACGUCUACCAGAACUUGGAGGACACCCUGGUGGUGUUCUGCGUGGACAUUUCUGGCAGCAUGAGUGUCACAACAGAGGUUACAAACAGCAGUGGAUCCCAAGCACACAUAUCCAGACUACAGGGUAUGCAGGAUGCCCUCCAGAGGUCGCUCACAUCUCUGCUGCAGCAGUCCCCUCACAGGAGAGUGGCCCUGGUUACAUUCAACGAUGAUGUUGUUAUAUACGGUGAUGGCACUAGUGUUCCUCUCACCCUCAGCGAUUGGGCCUUGCUUGAUUACGACCAUAUAUGGCAGCAGAGUGUCGCUUAUACCAUCCCGCACUGUAUUGCUGAGACCUACGGCCAACUUGCACAGAGAGUCCAGGAGCUCAGUGAAAAUGGAGCUACGUGUCUUGGUUCUGCUGCUUUAGCCUCGGUUGCCGUUGCAUCGAGGUACCCUGGGUCAAAGGUGAUUUUGUGCACUGACGGCAGAGCCAACAUCGGCCUGGGUGAGAUAGAGCAGACUCCCUCUCCGUCCUCCUCAUCCCUCGCUUCGUACUUCUACAGAAAGCUUGCUCUGGAGGCUGUGAAGAGCGGAGUCAUUAUAUCAGUGAUGACUUUUGAAGGAACAGACUGUCGCUUGGCUGAAAUCGGGAGACUCGCAGACACUACUGGAGGAAGGGUGAACACGGUGAGCAUUGGUACUGUUGCGAAAGAGAUCCAGUCAGCCUCUGUGGAUAACGUGCUUGCAACAGGAGUCACAGCAACGUUGCUUGCUCCUGAAGGAGUGUAUUUUCCAUAUGAGGAUGACAAAAUGAGUGAAAUAGGGAACGUUACCAAAGGACUGGAGAUCACCCUUCAGUUUGCUGUAAAACCAGAGUUCACAGGAGUUUUCCUCCAGAGGAGCACGCUUCCAUUCCAAGUACAGCUGAGCUUCAAGACCAGAGACCAACAGAAAGUCAUGCGCAUCAUAACGGAGCUACGUCCUGUUACAACCUGCAGUGGAGUCUGGGCAGGGAGCCUCAACACGGCAGUGCUCGGUGUCCACUGUGUUCAACUGUGUGCCAGGCUGACCAUGGAGGGCCGAGUCCAGGAAGCACAGCGGCAACUAAGAGCACAGCAAGACCUGCUGAGUCAGAUCAGUAAGCAGAGGCAGGUCCAACAAGAAGACAACAUCUACAGCAACUGGCUGGACACCAUGACGACAAUCUUUGAUAACAUCACGACAGACUCUCAGACUCUCUCUGAUGAAGCAGCGAAGGUGAUGUACCAGAUGAAGAGAGCCAGCAGUGUUAAAACCUACUACAGCAACUCAAGUGAGAUCCAGAGGAAGGGGAUGAGGAAGAAAAAGAAGUCCCUCAUGGAAGGAUUUUAAGGCUCAUAACUGGGCCCACUGUGUUUUUGUUUUCGACGUCGACCGUCAUCUUUUACUCAGGGUUGAAACGGACGGACAGCGAGGUGGAGUCAUUGUUUAACAUCUUGUGUCAAAAGCUUUUCCACAUUUGUAUCGUAUCAUUCCACAGUGAAUCUCUGGAACACUUUGGGAUGUAAAUUUCACAUGAACUUGUUGCUGAUUUGUUACAAAUCUGAGGUUGAUACAGCAGCACUGUUUGUCUCAGUGUGUUGAGUGUUUCAAGCAUUGAGUGUAUGAAGAGAAAGAGGCCAGAACUUAAAGAGCUCCCCCUGGUGACUGACUGAAGUAUGGGUCUUAAAGCCCGCCUCCUCCAUUGAAACAGAUGGAACAUGGGUCAAACUUAAA